CGUGAUUUUGUAAGCUAGAGUGUAUUUGGAGAUUUAUGAUAUCGGAGAAAUUUUAAAGAUUUGAUCUUCAGAUUUUGGUGGUAUCAAAUUGUGGUGUGAUAAGUUCUGAGCCUUGUGCAUUUGUUGUACUUGUCUCACGAGUGCACGGCGUCUGUCGCGCCUUGGAUUUGGGUUCUGGGGUGUGACAGUUCUAGUGAAUAUAUAUGCACCUUGUAAUAGCUUUUCUAAGAAAAAAUAACUGUGGUAGGAGUUAUCUAAGGAGAUGAGGAUUAGAGAAGGGGCAAGGAGUUUGGCUGAAGAUUUUAACAGUGUUCAAAGAAAUGCUUCUGAACUUAAAGGAAGAAUAGUGGAUAGGCCUGAUGUCAAAGCAUUUACUAACUUCAUUGUAGGAAAUGAGCUAAUUGAUUUGCCAUUGGCUAAAAGGUAGUAUAUUUGGUACAAAUCGAAUGGCAUAGCAAUGAAAAAAUGGUAGAUGUAUGGGGAAGCUACAUUCAAGUAGCUUUAAGGAGAUCAAUUUCAGACUACUAUGCAAUAAUGUUGAAAAGUGAUG